GCGUUGCAUUCUCCAUCUCUCGAGCACACACUAUAGUCACUUCAUUCCAAACUUUUUUCUUGUGAUUGUCGUUUUUAAUAAGCUGAUCUUUAACAAUAGAUUCAGACGCCAGUAUCGCAAAGUGAAGUCUGUUUCUGUGCACGAGCAAAAAUGAGACUUAUAAGAGAUUUAGGGGUUAGGUACAGAUGUUUGUGUUGAUCAGUGAGACUCUCUCACGUGAUCUGAAAUGGAUGAAUUGUUCGGUACAAACCAUUCAGACGUUGUUGGCAGACUGGCGUUUAAAUACAUGGAGAUGUGUAAAGUAGACUCAAGUUCAGACUCUGAAUCAGAGACAAACCCAAGAUGGUCUGAUCUCAGCAACAAGGGCUUAGAGAAUUGGGCCGCUUGUACGAAACUCCGGCGUUUGAGUGGACAAAACUACCAACAGUGUCUGGAUCCGUAUGAUGGAAGUUCAGAGGACUCUUCGAAUUCAUGGAAUAAAGGUCCGAAGCGACAAAGGCACAGCGGUUUAAGGGUGAAGGGCAGAGGCCGCAGAUCGGCCAUCAACGCGCUGUGUCCUCGCAGAGAACCAACCCAGAACGAGCUGACGGAUGUUUGUCAUCACGGUGACGUUCAGAUGAGAUCAUCCAGUGACACUGAGCCCAGCUUCUGUUCUCCCUGCAGGCCUGUGACUCGUUUGAAAGUGGACCUGUCUGACUCUGGAUUCAACACCAGAUCCUCCCUCAACUCACCCGCACUGCCGUCAGGUACAGACACUGUCGAGAGAUCCUCCGAAAGGGUCCAGUUAGGAUCAUCUGCAUCCAGGUCUCCAGACUGCUCCUCUUUCCACGCUGCAUUUUCCAAACGAAAGUUCUUCCCUCCAUCAGGUGACACGGACGAGGGGAUGCAGCGCAAACGGCCGUGCAUCAGUGACAUGGAGGUCGAGAGGGAGUGACCACAGAGACUCAACACAAACUCUGGGCUGGGAAAUCCUAUGAUGCAAUAACUCCCACACUUUGUCUGAAAGCUUAAUCAAAAAGAAGGACUGAAAAACAUGGUAUGAGACGGUAUAUUUUGGGUUCUCUGACAUCAUGUUUUUAACCCAUUUGACGGAACAGAGUUUGAGGAAUGUUGAGGCUGCUGUUUUCCUCACACACAACAACAGUAAAUGAUCAGACAAACAUUGUGUUCCACAGAAGAAAGUCUUGUGAAAUUAAAACUGUCCCCCAAUGACAAAACACUACCACAGUACCAGCAGACUUAAGAUAGCUCUUUCCAAAAUAUUCAAGAGAUCGGUGCAACAAGCAAUUUAAAUUUGUCUCAAGGAUGUCGUCACAGACAACAGGUUCUUGUAAAUUUGCAUUUCACGGGAAAAUGAUAGGAUGGAAAAGUGUUCUAAAGGAUGAUAUCUAUUUAUUGUGUUUAUUAUUUGACUGUGUGUGCUUCAGUAAUGGACAUGAAACUGAAAAACAUUUGUUUGUCACAGGGUUGUACUGUAAAUAAAGCUAACACGUUCAUGCA